AUGUUCAGCAGGGGAGAAGCUUCUAAACUUCCAUUCCAAAUAUCACUGUUUCUACCGCUUCCAGCACGAUCAAAUCAAGCAAAACAGCCGAAAUGCAAAGAAUAUGACGCGGCGUGCCAGCACGACGUUGCACUAGAGUGUCUUGCGUCAUACUUCCGUUCGAGUGACACGACUGUAUCGUAUGAUCAUACCUUGUGGGAAGACGGCAGAGCCCAGGAUACACAACAGCAAGCUUAUGCAAAGUCAUUCCAAGUCAAGUUGUACGUCAUAUCAGACAAACAAGAGGGAUAUCUUAUGGCUCCUAUGCUCAUCCUCUUGAAUACUUCCCCCAAUGGUUGGUUGCACAACCUCUCAAAAAUGCAAAUCAGCCAGCCUGUAUCAAUCACCCCGUUUGAAUUAGUGGAGUACUCCUGCUUAAUCGGAUCCCAUUACAACGGAAAGUCUGGCAGAUUUUUCCGGGCGAAACAUGCUGGCAGGCGAUAG